AUGGAGCCGCCGCCGCCCCUGGGCCGAGGCCGCCGGGCCCGAGAGAACAAGGGGCUCCGCGGGGACCCCCCGGCCGGCGGCCAUGGGUGGGAGGCCCCCGCCGGAGGAGGAGGAGGAGGAGGAGGAGGCAAGAAGCCCAAGUUUCACUUGCACAUCAAGACACUGACAGAUGAUGUGAUGGAUCGAUUUGCCAGCAUACGAAUUCCAGGCAGCAAAAAAGACAGGCCUCCUCUACCACAUCUGAAGCAGUCUCAUUCCUCAGCCAGUGACUGGCCUGUAACUGCAGACGGAGAUGACUUCAUCCUUACCCCGUUGUCUGAUAGAGAGAUUUUAACACUUUUUGAAAAAAUGAUGGAAGAUAUGAAUUUAAACGAAGAUCGAAAGACUCCCCUGAGAGAGAAGGACUUCAAUACCAAAAAAGAGAUGGUGAUGCAAUAUAUUAGUACUGCUUCUAAAGUGGGAAGUCUCAAGAGCAGUAAACGGAUCACUCCACAGGAUUUCAUCUGUGAACUAAAAUCUGGAGCAGCUGAUGAAAGGCUUGUUGGUCUUUUAGAAUCGCUUCGUGUGUCAUUGACCAGUAAUCCUGUCAGUUGGGUUGAGAGCUUUGGCCACGAAGGGCUUGGAGUAUUAUUGGACAUCUUGGAAAAACUAGUUGAAUCCAAACAACAGGACAAAAUUUUGAAGAAAGUACAGCAUAAGAUCGUACAGUGCAUGAAAGCUUUUAUGAAUAACCAGUAUGGUUUGGAGAGAAUAAUGGGCGAGCAGAGAAGCCUUUCGCUGCUGGCUAAGACCAUUGAUCCCAAGCACACCAAUAUGAUGACCGACGUAGUGAAGCUUCUUUCUGCAAUAUGUAUCGUUGGCGAGGAAAACAUCCUCGAAAAAAUUUUGGAAGCGUUGACUGCAGCAGCAGAAGAAAGAAGCAUUGAUAGAUUCUGCCCCAUUGUGGAAGGCCUGCAAGGGAAUUCAGUCCAUUUGCAAGUAGCUUGCAUGCAGCUCAUCAACGCCCUUGUUACGUCACCUGAGGAUUUGGACUUCAGGCUUCACAUUAGAAAUGAAUUUAUGCGUUGUGGAUUGAAAGAGCGAUUGCCACAACUGAAAUGUAUAAAGAAUGAUGCUUUGGAUAUCCAGCUCAAAGUGUUUGGUGAACACAAAGAGGAGGACAUGAUUGAAUUCUCGCAUCGUUUAGACGAUAUCCGAGCGGAGCUAGAUGAACCAAAUGAUGUUUACAACAUGGUGUGGAACACAGUUAAAAAUACGAGUGCGGAAGGCUAUUUUCUUUCUAUACUCCAGCACCUUCUCCUGAUUCGAAAUGACUACUGCAUACGACCCCUGUAUUUCAAAUUAAUCGAAGAGUGUGUCUCACAGAUAGUUCUGCAUCGAAGUGGAGUCGAUCCAGAUUUUAGUUAUCGUAAAAGAUUGGAUGCAGACUUCAGUCAUUUGAUGGAUGUUUGUAUUGAGCAGCAGAAAAUAGAAGAACUUGAGGAUCGGGCUUUAGACUUCUCAAAAAAGUUUGAAAAUGAAUUUGUAGCCCAUCAAGAGACCAAGGCGCAGCUUCAAAAAAUGGAAGAAAAAAUGGGUCAGUUUGAGGCUGAGCUAAGAGGUUAUAAAUGCCAGAAUGGCUCUACAGCCAGAGGUUUAGAUGCCUGUACCCAGCCAACCCUGGAAGGACAAGAAUGCUCAUCCCCAUCAGCUGAUGCUACAGGUCACUCAGUGCAAUCUUCGACGCCUUUUCCUGGAGCUGUGCCACCCCCACCACCUCCCCCGCUGCCCCCACCAUUUGCUCAAGGCUCAGGGAAGCCGCCUCCUUUCGGCUGCGCUGUCCCUCCUCCCCCGCCGCCACCUGGAGGGCAUUGUUCUCCUCCCCGCGUGCUGCCCUUUGGGCUGAAACCUAAAAAACAGUUCAAACCAGAGAUCACCCUGAAAAGACUCAACUGGUCGAAGAUCAGACCGCAUGACAUGAAUGAGAACUGUUUCUGGUUAACAGCAAAUGACGGCAAGUACGAAUGUGCUGAUCUGCUGGGCAAACUGGAGCUCACGUUUUGUUGUCAAAAGAGAGUAAAGAAAGAUGAAGAUCUUGAAGAGAAGAAAUGUAUUAAAAAACAAAUCAAAGAACUCAAAAUUUUGGAUCCAAAAACUGCCCAAAACCUUUCUAUUUUUCUAGGUUCUUUCCGGGUGCCUUACGAGGACAUCAAAACGAUGAUACUGGAAAUUGAUGAGACCCAUCUCUCAGAGUCCAUGCUUCAGAAUUUAAUUAAGUAUCUUCCUGAACAAAAACAACUUGGUGAAUUGUCCAAGUUGAAGAAUGAAUAUAAUAACUUGUCUGAGCCGGAGCAGUUUGCGGUUGUGAUGAGCUGCGUGAAGAGGCUGCAGCCACGGUUGAGCGCUAUUCUUUUUAAGCUUCAAUUUGAGGAGCAGGUGAGCAACGUCAAACCUGACAUCAUGGCUGUCAGCGCUGCCUGCGAAGAGAUAAAGAAGAGCAAAAGCUUCAGCAAGCUGUUGGAGCUGGUGUUGCUAAUGGGAAAUUACAUGAAUGCAGGAUCACGGAAUGCACAGACCUUUGGGUUUAACCUCAGCUCCUUAUGUAAACUAAAGGACACUAAAUCCGUUGAUCAGAAAACGACAUUGCUUCAUUUUCUGGUUGAAAUCUGUGAGGAGAAAUACCCUGAUGUCCUGAGGUUUGUCGAAGAUUUGCAACAUUUAGAUAAAGCAAGCAGAGUUUCAGCAGAAAGCUUGGAGAAGAGCUUAAAGCAGAUGGAAAGGCAGCUUAAGCAACUUGAGAAGGAUUUGGAGACCUUUCCCCUUCCUGAGGAUAUUCAUGACAAGUUUGUGGCAAAGAUGUCCACCUUUGCAGUUCAAGCAAAGGAACAGUUCCAGAAGCUCUCCAGGAUGCAUGACAACAUGGAAAAGCUCUAUCGGAAUGUUAUGGGAUACUAUGCCAUUGAUUUAAAGAAGGUUUCAGUAGAAGAAUUUCUAACUGACUUGAACAAUUUCAGGACGGCAUUCAUGCAAGCCACAAAGGAGAACAUGAGAAGAAGAGAAGCUGAAGAAAAGCAGAGACGUGCUAAAAUUGCUAAGGAAAAAGCAGAAAAAGAGAAGCUAGAAAGACAGCAAAAGAAAAAACACCUGCUGGAAAUGAAUACAGAGGGUGACGAGACAGGAGUGAUGGAUAGCCUGUUGGAGGCCUUGCAGUCGGGCGCUGCUUUCCGAGACCGGAGGAAACGGACCACGCGGCCUCAAGACACGAUACAGAAUCUCAGCCCCUUCUCUCAGAGGCCUGUUCUGAAAGCUUGUAACCAUGAAAACCAGGUCGCAGCGGCAGAAAAGCUACAUUUGCACCUCAGUGCUAACACAACGUUGGUGAGGAGUCAACUGAGCAAGGAGCGUAACCAUGAGAUGGAAGCUGGUUUGUCUGCAGAAAAGAGAAAAGCCACGGGGAAGAAGGAUAUCAGUCAUGGGGGAAGCAGCAGAGAGAAGGAAAUAGAGUUUUCCAACAGUUCUUCCAAACGAGAAGCUAUUCCAGAAGUGGAAGCUCUGCUAGCACGAUUGCGAGCACUGUAG